UUCCGUUCUUCUUCUUUCUUCUGCACAGGUGGACGCCCAUGUUCUCCCAGAAAUUUUGGGCAUGGCUCCUUGGUGUGUGAAUGCGGGGCUGAUUAUUGUGAUACUUUGGAGCCCCUCACUCUCCCUGAAUCGGGGUCUUAUGUGAAGUACGAAAGCAAUAAAGCCGGACGCCGUGUGGAGCGCAGCGAGGGCCUCCUGGUGGAUAAUCCUUCCGAGAACGAUAAUCUGGUUUUGAAACUGAAGACGUCGCAGAAGUAUCAAAAGAUCAAAGGCUUCGGAGGGGCCCUGACGGAUUCGGCGGCUAUCAAUAUCCUGAAUUUGUCGCCCAAAACUCAGAGAAACCUGCUCAAAUCUUAUUUCUCCAGCGAAGGCAUUGAGUAUACCCUGAUCCGGGUGCCCAUGGCGAGCUGCGACUUCUCCGUCAGGCUGUACACUUACGCCGACGUGGAGAACGAUUUCGAGCUGAAGAACUUCAGCCUGACGGACGAAGACGUCAAAAUGAAGAUCCCGAUUUUGCAACAAGCCCAAGCCGUCGCCCCACGACCCCUGUUGCUCUACGCCAGUCCCUGGACCUCACCCGUCUGGAUGAAAACCAACGGCGCCAUGACGGGCCGUGGUACCCUGAAGGGUCAACCGGGUGACAGAUAUCACAAGACCUGGGCGAACUAUUUCAUCAGAUUCCUGGACGAAUACGCCAAGUACAACCUGACCUUCUGGGCCAUAACGGCCGGCAAUGAGCCCACGGCCGGCGACAUCAUCUUCUACCCUUUCCAAUGCCUCGGAUUCUCCCCCGAGCACCAGCGGGAUUUUAUUGCGGAGGACCUGGGCCCGGCCUUGGCCAACAGCAGCUACAAGGGCAUCGAGCUCAUCAUUCUGGACGACCAGAGAGUGAUGUUGCCUUACUGGGCAGAAGUGGUUCUGAAGGACCCCAAGGCCACCCAAUACAUCAACGGGAUCGGCAUCCACUGGUACCUGGACUUCUUGGCCCCCAUCGACUUGACGCUGUCCAUCACCCAUCACCUCUUCCCCAACUAUUACCUCAUCUCCACCGAGGCCUCGACGGGCUCCUAUUUUUGGGAGCCCCGGGUGGUGCUGGGGGGCUGGGAUCGCGGCAGCAAGUACAGCCACAGCAUCUUGACGAAUCUCAACAAUUACGUCACCGGGUGGACGGACUGGAAUCUCGUGUUGGACAUGGAAGGGGGCCCCAACUGGAGCAAAAACUACGUGGACAGCCCGGUGAUUGUGGAUAAGGAGAAGGACGUCUUUUACAAACAGCCUAUGUUCUACCACAUGGCCCAUUUCAGCAAAUUCCUCCCGGAGGGAACUCAGCGGAUCGAGAUCCAGAAAAGCAGCUCCUGCGAUUUGGAGUUCUCCGCCUUCCUCCGCCCGGAUGGCUCGGCCGCUGUGGUGGUCUUGAACAGAAUGUCCCACAUUUCCUUUGACCGGAAUUUAUGCUCUCUUUUCAGUGGGCCUGCCGAUAUUUCUUUCACUAUCUUGGACCAUCAGGUGGGUUACCUCAAGGACCGUGCGAGAGCUCACUCCACAACUUACCUGUGGAGGAGGCAACUUUGAGAUCCUGAGACGGGGAAGGAAAUCCGCUUCUCGUUCAGGAACAGCGGGCUCUCCAGAGGAGAGACCAUGUGUCGCAACCCACAACUCACACAUUGAAGAAACUGCUUCAG